AGUGCCCUUGGCGGCGCUCUUUCUCUCCAGCGUGGUCCAUUUCAGUAACGCUGCUGCUGCUCCUGUCCUCCUCCUCCUCCGCUGCUUCAGUCCAGCACAGUCGCAGCCAUGGCUCUCCUGAAAACCAGCAAGAUCAUUUCAGCCGUCGGAGCUCAUACUCCAGCUCUGGGUGUGCUGCCUUUCCGUGCGAGCUCAUGGUGGACUGAUGUACAGAUGGGCCCACCUGACCCCAUCUUGGGGGUCACAGAAGCUUUUAAGCGUGACACCAACCCUAAGAAGAUGAAUCUUGGAGUGGGAGCUUAUCGUGAUGACCAGGGCAAACCCUAUGUUCUUAGCUGUGUUCGCAAGGCUGAGGCUCAGAUUGCUGCUAAGUCCCUGGACAAAGAGUACCUUCCCAUUGGUGGCUUGGGAGAGUUCUCAAAGGCCUGUGCUCAGCUGGCUCUUGGUCCUGACAAUGAAGUUCUUAAGAGUGGCAGGAGCAUCACUGUCCAGACCAUUUCAGGAACAGGCUCUCUACGUGUUGGAGCAAAUUUCCUGUCGCGAUUCCACACUGCUGUUCAGGAUGUAUAUCUGCCUAAACCCUCUUGGGGCAACCACACUCCCAUCUUCAGGGAUGCAGGCAUGCAGCUGAAGGCUUACACCUAUUAUGACCCGAAAACAUGCGGCUUUGAUUUUAAAGGAGCCCUUGAUGACAUCUCAAAAAUUCCUGAGAAGAGUGUGAUUUUACUCCAUGCAUGUGCUCAUAACCCAACGGGAGUGGACCCAAGGCCAGAACAGUGGAAAGAGAUGGCUAGUGUGAUCAAGAAAAGAAAUUUGUUGGUGUUUUUCGACAUGGCUUAUCAAGGCUUUGCCAGUGGAGAUAUUGACCGUGACGCUUGGGCUGUGCGCCACUUCAUUGAGCAAGGCCAUAACAUUGUUCUUUCCCAGUCCUUUGCUAAGAACAUGGGUCUAUACGGUGAGCGUGUUGGAGGCUUCACAAUUGUCUGCAAGGAUACUGAAGAGGCCAAGCGUGUGGAGUCGCAGUUGAAGAUUCUCAUUCGGCCAAUCUACUCCAACCCUCCCAUGAAUGGAGCGCGCAUUGCCGCAACUAUCCUCAACACACCUGAACUCUACAAGGAAUGGCUGGUAGAGGUAAAAAGCAUGGCUGACCGCAUCAUUAGGAUGAGAGAGAUGCUUGUCUCAAACCUAAAAAGUGAGGGCUCCACUCACAACUGGCAGCAUGUCAUUGAUCAGAUUGGCAUGUUUUGCUUCACUGGACUCAAGCCUGACCAGGUUGAGCGUCUGAUUAAUGAGUAUUCUGUCUACAUGACAAAGGAUGGCCGUAUCUCCAUGGCAGGAGUAACCUCUGGAAAUGUGGCAUACCUGGCACAUGCCAUCCAUGCUGUCACCAAGUAAAGCCAGUGCUCCCACACUGGUUGCAGACUGUAGUGGAAGUGGAAGAAAGGAAUUAGGAGUUGCACAGGAAAAUGUAUUUCAUAUAAUUAAUUUAGUUUCUCUUCUUGGGGGGGAAAGAGUAAAGUAGGACUGUACUGUAUUCUUACAGCUCAUUUGAUUGGAACCAUUAUUGUUUACAUGUGAUGAGCCCCUAUGCAUCGACAGACCCAAGACUAGUUGAAAGAUGGCACUUAUCAUGCAUUUUCCUUAGAUGAGAAUGGAGUUAGCAGUGAAACUAAAUUAAUAUUGUCCAUAUUGGAAAGUUCCCAAAGAGCACAAUGUGGUGGUGGCUAUUUUUUUUCUUAUGGUAAAUUAACUGCACCACUUGUAAAUAAACUAUUUUGAAUCUGAACUCAUUAUCAGGAAAGAUGAACAUUAAAACUUUUGGUCUGCAUUUUCUUGACUGCUUAUCAUUGAUUGUGGAACUUCACACCAGAUGAAAAGGGCAACUAUUAUUACCCCUAUUUAUCUGAUAAUUUGACUGCAAGAACAAGUAACCAGUAAUCAUGGUUUACUUUCUUUGUCCAAGCAGUAUUGAUGGGCAUAAAUAAAUGUGAUACCAAUAGAGCAAAGGCACUUUUCAGAGGAGAAUGUGUGGUCAGGAGUGGGGAGGGGGGUAGGAUGGUCGUACUGUGUUUCAGGUGUGUUCUUUUGUGUGUAAUUUAUUGGGGUGUCAUAUCACUGUAACUACAUGGCUCAUGCAUCUCUGUUGUAAAUCAUAAACUGAAGUAGAAUUUCAUGCCAAGGUUGAAGACAUCAGGACAUUAUUUUUACACAAAGAUGCAUCAUUGUUCUUACUGGGUGGGUGUGACUUAUGCCUUGCACUUAAAUAAUUAUUAAAUUGUAAACGCCAUUACCCUAUCUAACUCUUAACUAAUUUAUCUAACCCGAAAUUUAAAACGGCCUCAAAAGUUGAUUACAUGCUUGUCUUUAAAUUUGAAAAAAAGCUUUACAUUCAUUUUCCUUUGUGGCUUUAAAAUUCCCUUUAGUCUCUUCUACUAUAAAAUCUGUGAAGGAGUCUUUGGCCAUGCUGGUUUCGACUGAACAAAUGUGGACUAUAACAUUGUCUUUAAUAAAAUUCGUUUUACUGUUGUGUGAGGAAAUGUCACUGGCUGAACUGUACACUUAAACAGGAUUUUUAUCUCUUGUCACAAGGUUAAAUGCAUGAUUUGUGAUGUUUUGCUAGAUCAUAAACAUUCAUGGUGAAGAAUAUAUAUAUAUUUUUUUUUUCAUUCCUAAAGCAGAUUAACCGGUCAUCAGAUUUCCAGUAUGUUGUCAAUUGUGUCAACAUAUGAAAUGUUAAAACUCCUGUACUGUACGCAGUAAACGAAUAAAGGUGAGCUUAAAAAUA